AUGUUCAUAAGCAUCUCGCAUAUCAAACGCUGCAGUGCUCCUCACCACGAUCUCUUUUGCAUCGAAUAUUUUGAUCAAUCUGAGAAACGCCUACGCACCAAGGAUUUGCAGACUGAUAUGGCUCUACUGGUGCUCAACUUUUGGCAACGCAUGCUCCUGGUGGAAAUUGGUCGACGUCAAGUCGUUGCCCGUGUUUACUCUAUACCAACGCAUUAG